UUUAGUUGAGAUAUUGAAAUGCAGGCAAGAAGAACACUACUGUGGACGUUACUGGCUGUUCAGCUUUUGUGUGUGGCCGGCUAUAGCAAAUUCGCUACGACCAGUGACGGUAAUAGUUACUAUGUCGAAACAUCCAUGGCGUUUUCCUGGUACGAAGCCUUGAGUGCCUGUGCGAGCCUUAAAAUGACACUACUAACUGUGGACUCGUAUUCCAAGCGGAUGCAAGUGGAUGCUCUGCGACUUUCUGCAAACGCCCAGGUUUGGAUUGGCGGACAUGACCUCAAAAGCAGCCGAUCAUUUGAAUGGAUAUCGAAUGGUAAAUCAUUUGACUACAGAAACUGGUACAGUGGCGAACCGAAUAGCAAAGAAGAGAACUGUGUGGAAAUGACUUUCCCCGCGCUGGGAUGGAACGAUGUACGCUGUAGCAAGUUUCGAGGCUAUAUAUGUGAAGAAACCCCGGCAGCGAAAGAAAAGAAUCAGGAAAUAAAGAAGUUAAAAGAAGAACUUGCCAGAAAAGCUGUCCUCUUGGAUGAAAGGGCGAAAAAAGUGCAACAAUUGGAAAGGGAAAAGAAAGAAAUUGAAGAAACCAAAGCAAUGGAUUCCAAAGGGCUUGUGGAGGCAAUGAAUCGUGGUAAAAAUUCUAUUAACGAACAGCUGUCACGGCUAUUGAAUGUGGCGUUGAAUCAAACAGCUUUGAUUUCUUCCCACAAAGAGAUGCUGAUGUCCUUGAAACGAGGCCAGGAUGAGAUCAGAGAAUAUGCCAAACGUUUGGGAUCAGAGGCACUAAUUGCACAGUCCACGGUCACAGCAAGGAUGUCGGAAUCAUUGGCAAAGAUUGAUGGUAAACUAAAGGGGUUAUUCGAUAAUGUAACAUCAAUUCAGGAGAUGUCCUCAAAUCGAAAUACCACAAAUAGGUAUUAUUAUAUUUAUUUUUGAGUACGUCGCUCACUUUUCUGUUAUAGCAAAUAAAUGUAAGAGGAAAAAAGAUUUUUCUAUGCAAUAAA